GCAUAGUUUUGAACUCACUCACACAACUUCACCACACCAACAAUCUCGCCGGCGACUUGGUCGGAGUUUCUGGUCUCCGGCGAUGGCUUCUACGACGUCGUUUUCAUCUCUCUGUCUUCCCCACUCCGUUCCAAUUUGCUGUCACAGAAACGAUGCUCGAUUCCCUCACUCUCAGCUCUCCCUCUCCCUUAGCUCUUCCACGAAACCCACUUCCCUAAAGACCUUAAAUUCGCUCCCAUUGAAGAAAAGAGAAGCUUUUUCAAAUGGGUUUCCGAGAACUCGAAGAAAUCCCAAACAGUUCUCUGUUCACUGCACAGCUUCAAGUGGAAAGAUUUCACAGCAGGAAUUCACAGAAAUGGCAUGGCAAGCGAUUGUCUCAUCGCCGGAAGUGGCAAAGGAUAACAAGCAUCAGAUUGUGGAGACAGAGCACCUGAUGAAAGCCUUGUUAGAGCAAAAGAAUGGUCUUGCUCGCCGGAUCUUUUCCAAGGUUGGCGUAGAUAACACCCGGCUUCUAGAGGCCACUGAUAAGCACAUUCAGCGGCAACCCAAGGUUCUAGGGGAAUCAGGUGGUUCAAUGUUGGGGCGUGAUUUGGAGGCAUUGCUUCAGAGAGCCAGGGACUUCAAGAAAGAAUAUGGGGAUUCAUACGUGUCAGUUGAACACUUGGUUCUUGGUUUUGCCCAAGAUCAAAGGUUUGGGAAGAUAUUGUUUAGAGAUUUUCAAAUAUCUCAGCAAGCUCUAAAAUCUGCCAUAGAGUCCGUAAGGGGACGCCAAUCAGUUAUUGACCAAGAUCCUGAAGGAAAGUAUGAAGCCUUGGAAAAAUAUGGGAAAGAUUUGACAACAAUGGCUAAAGCAGGAAAACUUGACCCAGUCAUAGGAAGAGAUGAUGAAAUACGCAGGUGCAUUCAGAUUCUCUCCAGGAGAACAAAGAACAAUCCUGUGCUAAUUGGUGAGCCUGGUGUUGGAAAGACUGCAAUUUCUGAAGGUCUUGCUCAGAGAAUUGUUCAAGGAGAUGUUCCUCAAGCUUUGAUGAAUCGAAGGCUUAUAUCUCUUGAUAUGGGUGCACUUAUUGCUGGAGCAAAGUAUCGUGGAGAAUUUGAGGAUAGGCUGAAAGCUGUUCUCAAAGAAGUAACAGAAUCUGAUGGUCAGACUAUCCUUUUCAUUGAUGAGAUCCAUACAGUUGUUGGGGCAGGUGCUACAAAUGGUGCUAUGGAUGCUGGUAAUCUCUUAAAGCCUAUGCUUGGUCGGGGCGAGCUACGAUGUAUUGGUGCAACCACAUUAGACGAGUAUCGGAAGUAUAUUGAGAAGGAUCCUGCACUAGAGCGUCGGUUCCAGCAAGUUUAUGUUGACCAACCUUCAGUUGAAAAUACCAUUUCAAUACUAAGGGGACUGCGGGAAAGAUAUGAGCUGCAUCAUGGAGUUCGCAUUUCUGACAGUGCACUUGUGGAAGCUGCAAUUCUCUCAGAUCGAUACAUAAGUGGGAGGUUUUUGCCUGACAAAGCUAUUGAUCUGGUUGAUGAAGCAGCUGCUAAACUGAAAAUGGAAAUUACUUCUAAACCUACUGCACUUGAUGAGAUUAAUCGGUCAGUCUUGAAACUAGAGAUGGAGAGACUCUCUCUCAUGAAUGAUACAGACAGGGCUUCUAAAGAUAGGUUAAAUCGUCUUGAGACAGAGCUCUCCCUCUUAAAAGAGAAACAGGAUGAGCUAACUGAGCAAUGGGAGCAUGAAAAGUCUGUAAUGACUCGUCUUCAGUCAAUUAAAGAAGAGAUAGACAGGGUAAAUCUUGAGAUCCAACAGGCUGAGCGGGAGUAUGAUCUUAAUCGUGCUGCUGAAUUGAAGUAUGGCAGUCUAAACUCCUUGCAACGACAACUUGAAAGUGCAGAGAAGGAGUUACAUGAUUAUAUGAACUCUGGUAAGUCUAUGUUGAGAGAGGAAGUUACAGGAAAUGAUAUUUCUGAAAUUGUGAGUAAGUGGACUGGUAUCCCCAUUUCAAAACUUCAACAGUCAGAGAGAGAGAAGUUGUUGUUUUUGGAGGAAGAGCUCCAUAAGCGUGUCGUCGGUCAAGAUCCUGCUGUUAAGGCAGUAGCCGAGGCAAUCCAACGUUCAAGAGCAGGCCUUUCAGAUCCCCAUCGCCCGAUUGCAAGCUUCAUGUUUAUGGGACCCACGGGUGUAGGAAAGACAGAGCUAGCCAAGACCCUGGCUUCCUACAUGUUCAAUACAGAAGAAGCACUUGUACGAAUUGAUAUGAGUGAGUACAUGGAAAAACAUACAGUUUCAAGAUUGAUUGGGGCUCCACCUGGAUAUGUUGGGUUUGAAGAGGGAGGGCAGCUAACAGAGACGGUUCGCCGCAGACCAUAUGCAGUUAUUUUGUUUGAUGAGAUUGAGAAGGCACACUCAGAUGUUUUCAAUGUAUUCCUUCAAAUUUUGGAUGAUGGAAGAGUAACCGAUUCGCAGGGUCGCACUGUAAGUUUUACCAACACUGUUAUCAUUAUGACCUCAAAUGUUGGAUCACAAUACAUUCUCAACACAGAUGAUGACAAUGUGCCCAAAGAGUUAGCUUAUGAAACCAUAAAACAGCGGGUAAUGGAUGCUGCAAGAUCCAUCUUUCGCCCUGAGUUCAUGAAUAGAGUUGAUGAGUAUAUUGUUUUCCGGCCACUGGACCGCGAUCAAAUAAGUAGCAUUGUCAGGUUACAGCUAGAGCGUGUUCAGAAGAGAAUUGCGGAUCGCAAGAUGAAAAUCCGAGUAACAGAAGCUGCCAUACAACUUCUUGGAAGCUUGGGGUAUGAUCCCAACUAUGGUGCUAGACCAGUCAAGCGAGUGAUUCAGCAAAAUGUGGAGAAUGAACUUGCAAAGGGUAUUCUAAGAGGAGAAUUUAAGGAUGAGGACACAAUUUUAAUAGACACAGAAGUCACAGCAUUUGCCAAUGGUCAACUUCCCCAGCAAAAACUAAUCUUUAAGAGGGUUGAAGCUGAUUCAGAAUACACUACUAAAGAUACCCGGGAAGGCUUUCCACAGAUUCUGUGAAUGCAUUUUAAUCCUCCUUAUUUCUCCACAUGCUAGCUUGUUUCACACAAAUUUUUGAGUAUAGAUGGUUUUCUUACACGAAUGGAACUCUGAUCCUGUGCAUAGCUUGCAUAUAUUUGUAGUUCUUCACAUAAAAUUUUUAUUGGUCAAUACUCAAUACGAACACCAUGCUUGAGAAAGCAUGAAGUGCGAGUACUUCACUUUUAAGUGACAUGUAAUUUAUCUCAAUAGUACAAUUUUUCAUAUGCAAAUUAAUAUAUCACUACUCAAUGGUCUGCAAAACCAUAUUGGGAAUG